AUGCAGCGUUCUCUUAAUGGCGAUACAUCUGAGACAAGAUCUAUCCACGUUCAAAAAUUUAUCACACUUCUGGAAGAAAGGACUGAAUCAUAUCAUUCGAAUACUAUUUUGAGAACGGCAACUUUCUGUGACCCACGAUUCAAGGAUAGCUAUUUUACAAACUCCCACAAAGAUCACAUUCUCAGAAUUCUGCGAUCGGAUUCCCAGAAUAUAGUCUCCGAUGAUUUUGCAGAUCAAUCAAUUCCUGAAAUCGUCGAAAAACCGACAUCCCUUUUCAACCAGUUUUUAAUGGAUAACUGCCCAAUAGAAGAAGCUCCAAAAAAGCAUGAUUCCCUUCAAGAAGAAUUGGACGAAUACCUGCGGACACCGCCAAUAUCUACAUCUGACCCAUACGACUAUUGGAGAUCGAAAACGGACCUUCCAGAACUAAAAAAACUGGCUCACAAGUACUUAUCGAUUCCAUCAACAUCAUCAGAAUCUGAAAGAUUAUUCAGUUUGAGUGGUCUUGUGUGCACUCCAAAAAGAAGCAGUUUAAAGCCGGAGACGCUGGACCAACUGACAUUCUGUUCCGCCAAUUUGAAAAUCUUUGGGGAUAUUUAG